ACAGGAGGCGGAGCGACGCACAGCUCGUGCGCUACGUGGUGCGAAUGCAAUAAGAAGCUUUCACGGGAGUCAGUGCACAGAAAAGCACCGUAUUUUCCGGCGUUACGAGCUCAAAUCUGCGAUCUUCCAUCAUGCAUGUGGACUUCGAGAAGCUGCGGAUGAGCGGCGCGGGGAAAGCCAUCGCGGUUCUGACGAGCGGCGGCGAUGCACAGGGUAUGAACGCGGCCGUUCGCGCUGUAACACGCAUGGGCAUUUACGUAGGCGCUAAAGUCUACCUGAUUUAUGAGGGUUAUCAAGGCCUGGUGGAUGGAGGAGAUAACAUCAAACUCGCCAACUGGCAGAGCGUCACCAACAUCAUUCAGCUGGUGAGGCUUCAUCCGUUUACGGACACUCUGGCGCAGCAGCACACGCAUCUGAACAUCGUAGGUCUGGUGGGAUCCAUCGAUAAUGAUUUCUGUGGAACCGACAUGACGAUCGGAGCUGAUUCUGCUCUGCAUCGGAUCAUGGAAGUUAUUGAUGCAAUCACCACCACGGCACAAAGUCAUCAGAGGACGUUUGUGCUGGAGGUGAUGGGACGCCACUGCGGUCCGAUCUGGUCUGGUCUGAUCCAGUCUGAUCUGGUAUGGUCUGAUCUGGUCUGGUCUGGUCCGGUCCGAUCCGGUCCGGUCUGGUCUGAUCAGGUCCGGUCCGGUCUGAUCCGGUCCGGUCUGAUCCGGUCUGGUCUGGUCCGAUCCGGUCUGGUCCGAUCCGGUCUGGUGUGGUCUGGUCUGAUCCGGUCUGGUGUGGUCUGGUCUGAUCUGGUCUGGUCUGAUCCAGUCUGGUGUGGUCUGCUCUGGUCUGGUCUGGUCUGCUCCGGUCUGGUCUGGUCUGGUCUGAUCUGGUCCGGUCUGAUCCGAUCUGGUCCGGUCCGGUCUGAUCCAGUCCGAUCCGGUCUGGUCUGGUCCGAUGCGGUCUGGUCUGAUCCGGUCUGGUCUGGUCUGUGUGUGGUUUUGCAGAGCCGCAGUAAAGGCUCUCGUCUGAACAUCGUGAUCAUCGCAGAAGGAGCCAUCGACAAACACGGCCAGCUGAUCUCCUCCAACUACGUCAAAGACCUGGUGGUUCAGCGGUUGGGUUACGACACGCGGGUCACUGUCCUGGGUCACGUUCAGAGAGGAGGAACGCCAUCCGCCUUCGAUCGAGUCCUGGUGAGUGCAUUAAAAAACGUCAUGUUGAAAUGUGGAUUUCACAUUCAAUUUUGUGUUGCUUCAGUUUAUUAUGCAGGGCUCGACAGUAGUAAUCACUCUAUGGCGAUCCUGAACGUCGGCGCUCCGGCCGCGGGGAUGAACUCCGCUGUGAGAUCCGCGGUUCGAGUGGGACUCGCUCACGGUCACCGGGUUUACACUGUCCACGACGGCUUUGAGGGUCUGGCCAAAGACGCGGUGAGGACCGCUGACAUGUGAGAGUGUGUGUGUGUG